AUGGUGGGAUUACCAGAUGAAUCACCAACAUUUUGUUUUGAUCGGGAUGAACUAUCAACGGUGGAGUUCAAUGUUGAUGCAUUUGUUGUUAAAUAUAAACGAGAAGUUGGUUUAGAAAAAUUACGUGAUGAUUUAGAUUUAUUCUUACGUGUUCUUCAAUCAAAUAUGGUUGAUUUAAUUAAUAGAGAUUUUGCAGAUUUUUUAAAUUUAUCAACUAAUUUGGUUGGAUUUGAUAAAUCAAUAACAACAUUAAAAAAUCCAUUGACUGUAAUGAAAAUGGAUAUUAUGAAAAUAAAUGAAAUAUUAUGUGCACAAAGAAAACAAAUUGAAGAAAAAUUACAUGAACAAGAAAUUAUUCGUAAACGAAGACAAGUUAUUCAAUCAAUAAUUGAUGUACAAAAAUCAAUACAACAAUUAAAUGAACUUGAUGAUGCAAUAAAUUUAUCCAAAAUUGAUAUAAGUGAAAUGAUUGAACGUGCAAUUGUUCAAUUCAGUUUUAUUUCCAUACAAUUAGAUAAAUGUGAUCAAAAUGAACCAACUAUUGAAUCACUUAAAUCAGUUAUAGAAAAUUUACGUCGAGUAUUUGAAAAACGUUUAACAGCAGCUUUUAUGGAUGCAUAUCGUGAACCAAAUAUGUCAUUAUUAGCUGAUUCUCUUAAAGGUUUAGCUUCUAUAUCACUUCAAACUGUUGCUGAACAAACAUUUGCAAAUGAAAUCGUCAAACCAUACAUGGAAAAGGUGAAAAAUAUAUUCUAUUUUUAG